UAUUUUUAUUUUUUAUUUUUAGAAAACAGAAAAGCGAAACGGUAGAUUCAAUUACGCGGACAACAUAAAAUGAGUCUAUAUGUAAUUCUAUCACUACACGUCAAGCCACCAAAAAAAAAAAAAAAUAAAAACAAGAGAUAUAGGGUGGCCCAACAUAGUUGGGACCACACUAUAUCUACACCUCUAACCCUCCCCUAAGGGGGUAAUGCAUUGGUCGUCUAUGCUCCCAGUCUACACUACCUCAGGUUAGAGUCGACCGCAAAGUAUUCACAGCUCUUCAAAUUGGUUGACCACUAAGUGGUUGGUAGUCCCGCCCCUACCUAUUAUAUCCCCUAAGGGCCUUUUUCGGGUACCAAGAUGUUUUAACAAGAGCUAUAUGAACCUUAUGGCAAUCCGAAUAUCCUGAAUUUACAGCUCAGAUGAGACUCACAGGCUUGUGCAGAGUGUCAGUGACCAGUCCUAGGACUCGCCAUACCAGUCUACCAAUGAUCACAUCAACCACCUCACCAUCGGUUGGCAUCAUUUCAGCUCCCCCUAAGGGUACGGGAUCUUCAACGCAAUUGGUGGCUGCGCACGCAGUAAUAUUCAUAGCAAGGAUCGUUGGCUGGAUGAUCUGAACCUGCGUCCUAUUGAUUGGUCAGAUCAAUAGGGAGUGUAGACGCCUUAGGCCAUU